UGGGUCCUUAAUCUUUAUUCCAAAAUCCGGUGCCCUGAAAAUUUCCCAGCAGUCGUUGCAAAAACCAAACACUCACUGGAUUUGACCACGAUGCAUUAAAACAAUUUGUCAUUUAGAAAUAAGGAUGAACAUUCAUUAUUUUAAGUCAUCCUUCAUUAUCAGAUCAAAGUGGAUUCAUAAAUAGUCUUCGUAAAAUAUUCAUAUUUUUUAGGUUUUUAUGGGUGACUGACAACAAAUCUGGAGUUUUUUUUUUCUUUAAAAAGUACAGAGCAUGUGUCCAAAUUGUGUUAUUUGAUUCUAUAAAUGACUAAUCAGAAUGAUGUUACCGCAAUCCAGCCGCAAAACUAGCCUCAAACUCAGCUUUAGGAAAGUCCCUCCCCCUUCAGCUGUCUCCGCCAAUCAUUGUUGGAGGCUUGAUCACAUGUCAUCAAUCUGACCAAUCGGAAGUGGUUAACGUCCUCAACUCCUUGUUCUGAUUGGGUGGAGGGUGACAUCACAAUGACAUCACAAUGACAUCAUCAUCUCAUGAAAAAAACAUGUCAUGAUCCUUCCUGUGAUGACCUCAAAAGCAUCAACAAUCCUAGUUUUUUUUUCCUUGAAGCUGAGCAGAAAGACCUUACUCGGAGAACGUGCUUUCUACACUUCGAUCUCAGACGUCAAACAGAUUUGAUCUGAACAAGACCUUCACCAUGGAAGAUACAUGGGAAAUUCCUUUUUUUAACCUGAUUUCCAAGCUUACAUCGCAGCUGGAAAAAAUCCCGACCGAUUCAGAACCCAGGGACCGUCAGGCACCUGUCACUGAAGAGGAACCGGGUGAAACGCUUCCAAGUAUCCCCCCAGAAUUCUUUCUGAUGGGUUUGCUUGAAGAAGUGUCCGCCUUACAGGAAGUCAUUAGGGAUUUCCUGCAGGAAAGAAAGACCUUUGAGUCAGAGAAAAAGGCUUUUCUGGAGAGGAAUAAGUCACGGCUGGCUGAAGGUCCACAAGAGGACGAGAGUUCCACGAGUUCCACACCCCCAGACCAGAAACUGUACGGAAGAGUCUUCUCUUUCUUCAACAGCAGCAACAAUGUGUGUAAUAAGCUGGAAAAGCAAACAGAGAAAGAGUUGAGGAAGUCUGUAAAGGAAAAGAGGGAGAUUCUGGAGAAGGAAAACAAACUUCUGAACAAAGAAGUGAAAGACCUGAAACAAACUAGGAUCAGAAACGCAAACGAACAAAACACUCUGAGGGAGGAAUACGAAAACUUCCAGCUGGAGAAGAAAGAGAUGUCCUUGAUGAGAAAGGCCUAUUUAAUGGACAAAUCAUCCACCCAGAAGAUGAGAGCAGCUCUGGAGGAGGAGAAAAAGGCCAUCCAGCUAGAGAAAACAUCUCUGUCUGAAGAAAGGAUGGCCCUCCAGGCAGAGAAGCAACAAACUGCAGAGUUAAAGACAGAAGUGGAGGAGGAGACAAAAAACCUGGAACAGAAAAUGAAUUUGUUGGCCUUUCAGCUCCAAGCUGUGCAGGACAAACAAAAAAAGAUUGAAGAAAACCGUCAGAAGAUGAACAGGGAAGCAGAGACCCUGAUCAUCAUGAGCGAAGAGUUAGAGAUGAAGAGAAGCGAGUAUUU